CAUAAUGACAAUGAGAGGUGGCUUUUACCGCCUGGCUCUACUGGUGGUCUCCUCCCUGUUUGCCUUUCUGCUGCUACUGACCGCCCUCCAGCAUACGGAUCAGUUGCGGAUCACCAACAUCUUGGAGGAUAAAUCAAAUUCCCUGGCACCUCCACCACCAUCACACCUAUCUCAAGCACAUCCUGUGAAACUUACACCGCCACCAGUCCACCAUCUGGAGGAACCGAUCAAUGAGGAAUUGGUGCUGCAAUUGGAACAGGAACUACCAGAGGUGGACUAUGCCUUCUGGUAUUACACAGCCAAGCCGAAGAGCUACCGGGUGAACGCCACAUGUGGCUUGUAUCCAGAUCCAUUGGAUCUGCAACUCCACAACAUCUACUGGCAGACGUUCGUCAAUUCGAAUGUGACCUUUCGCCUGUACGCCGCCUAUUUGGAUCGCCGGGAUGCGGUUAAGCUGCGAACGGUAAGAAUUUUGGCCACGGCCAAUCAAAUAGGCAACGAAUUCCCGGCCACCAAAUGCCAAUUGUGGUUCGAGGGCUACAAACAGCCGAUCUACGUUAAUGUCACCGAGUACGUGAGUGUUUGGGUGAAGGCCUGGGGCAACAAGCCCCAACUGAACUACCCCCACCUGCUCAGCUGUCCCGUGCCCAAGGAAUUGCCGCCCCCGCUUAUGACAUUGCUGCCCAGAACUGUUUCCUUGGUGGCGAAUGAAUGUGAUCGGGCUAGUAACUCCUUGAGGAUUAACAAACAGGAGAAGCAAAGUGAUCCUCCAAAAAAGCCAGCAAGUCAAGAGGAUGUCGUGGCUGGCAAUGCAACCUCAACAAAUAAAACCCUCACUAGAGUACCUCUGAACUUUGGAGUUUGUGUCAAGGGUUUCGAUUUUCCGUAUGUGGAUCUGUCGGAGCGCCUCAUCGAAUGGUUCGAGAUGCAGAGGAUACUGGGCGCCUCCAAGAUCUAUGCCUAUAUGUACGAUGUCCAUCCGGCAGUGCAGCGAGUCUUGGAUUAUUAUCAGCGCACUGGUUACCUGGAACUGCGACCCCUGACCCUGGCCAAUGGCAUGCCACGGUUGAGGCACUACCAGCACAUGUUGCUACAGAACCGAAGGCUGGAGAAGCGUCUCAAUGAACUGAUACCCUACAACGAUUGCUUCUAUCGAAAUCUGUACAGGCACGACUUCCUCGUCAACGUGGACGUGGACGAGGUGAUAAUGCCGGUCAACGGCAACCGGAACUGGGAUCAACUGGUCCAGACCGCCUACAAGAUGGAGGAGGAGAAAGGUGGCAAGUGUGCCGGUCGGUUCCCGUCCUUGUGCUUCAUCAAUACGUACUUCACCAAGGUGGUGCCCGAGCUGCGCAACCACGAGGAGCAGGCCACCACCGGAGAGCUAUACAUGUUGCAGCAUACGUUGCGGCAUCGCAACUAUUCACUGCCCGGUCGUGCCACCAAAUGUUUCCACAACGCUCGCCUAUCGCUCACGCUGCACAAUCACUUUACUCUCAAAUGGCUUCCUGGAGGCUGUAAUCCCCGCACCAUUGACACCUCCGUGGCCCAGAUGCAUCACUAUCGGGAACCGGAUGCCAAAUAUAAGGAAGAGGAUCUGGUGGAGGAUCGCAGCGCUUGGCAGUUUGCCAGCGAAUUGAAGGCUGCGGUGGAACAGGUGUGGCUGCAUAUGGACGAUGUCCUGGCCCAGGUCAGUGAUCCCGAGGAGCAACCAGAGAUGGAUGUUCCUCUCGAUCAGGAGGGCGAAUCGGAUGUCGAUAUGCCACCACCAGUUCCGGUUCAAGGCCCUUAGGUUAUGUAUUAUUUUGUAUUAGUUGUAGUGAGGUUUGGUACUUUUAUGAUGGAGAUUUUUCCUAAGAUUGUGGUAUUUUAUAGG